AUGGCCGAUGGCUCACAGUUACAUAUACAACAGCAACAGCAGCAUGAAAUAUCCCAUGAACCACAAGAAUGGAUAGAUUUAAGAAGCGUAGUCGCAGACACUAUUACAAGAUCGUAUGUCAAUUUAGGACAGGUGCUUUCGACUGCAAAGAACCCCGAUCUUCACACAGCUAUAGAUGUACUUACAAGUAGUACCUAUGAAAGGUUCCCUAGUAUCAUAAAGAAAAAACUCGCUCCAGAGCGUCUGACCGAUGAACAAGUCAAAGAAACGCUAGAAAAACAAAAUUAUGAGUUGCAAAUGUGGUUAUCGAAAUAUGAAGUAGUGCCUGCUGCUUUCGCAAAUCACAAGGUCCACGACGGUCGUGUUACUUUUUAUGUUGAAAAUGAAUUUGAGAUUUCUUUAACGCGUUGUUUCUACAAGGAAAAAAGUCCGCAACAAAAACUACAAGAAAAACAAGAAAAAGAAUGCAAAAUACAACAAGAGCUAGAAUUCAGACGAAGACUCGAAGACCCCGAAGACCUUACGGCACAAUCUGAUUUUCAGGCGUAUUUACUGGAAAAGAAAAAAGAACCGCGUAAAGUGCCGGUGAUGAAUGACAAAUGGGAGGUGGUGGAUCUCAAGUUUUAUGUGCAUAGUAAACCGGACAAAUGGCUUUCACAGACUCCAAUGGGAUUAGGCCAAAAAUUCUUAGACUGGGCCAUACUUCGCUCAAAUCAAAUUCUAACCCCGCCGCAAACACCUUUGAAAGAAAUACCAGAGAAAAUACCAAAGAAUAAAGUAAAGGAAGCACAGUCGUAUCUGCCUAGUUAUAUGCGAAAGCAAGACACAAAACCGGCUGAAUGGUGGGAGAAAGCAUCUGCUGCGCCUUUUUUGCCACUUGUCACUUUGCACGACUUUUUGCAUGAAACGUGUCUUGUGCAUCAACUUCAUGUUAUGAAGAUGCAGGAAGGAAGAUGGAGAGAGAAUAUACAUAUUGAAUUUGACGAAAAAAAUCCCACUUCGAUUAAAAUAUACUAUUGGAGAUGGAAGCAUUAUGCUAUGAAAGGCGACCGAAGCGUAAAAGGGAUAAACUCUGCUAUUCAAAAUGAAAAGAAAGCACUCGAGACCUUUAAAAAAUUUCACGAAAAGGGAAGAGCACCACAGAUUCAAGAUCCGCCUUCACCAUCAGCUUCAGACUGGAUUGAGAUUACCAUGAUAGACGACUACUCUGAAGAAUCAUGUAUAAAUUUUCAUAAAAACAGGCUAUCCAAAACGAAUUACGCGAUGGAAACUUCACGAAUCAAACUUGGUGGCGUCAGGAAUCAUCAAGGCCUUGUUUACCCAACUCGACGAUUCCAAGUGAGGUGGAGUGGAUUUCCUAAAUCCAAAGAAAAAGAUUCGACACGAAUCAUUCCAUGGAAAUUUGAUUCAACAAAUAUCAACAUCGAGUAUUUACUACUUCAUGUUAUCAGAACUCACGCAGACCUGGUAAUCCGUAAAUUCAAGGAAAUUGUCACCGAUAUGCUCAACGAGGGUAAUUCGUUUCUGGAAGAAAGUGACAUCGAAAUUACCCAUGGUCGUGAUGGUUGUGUAUCCUAUAAUUACCCUGCAUUUCGAUUUCCUGUCUAUAAUCAAGAUAUCGACUACAACGCGAAAAAAUAUUGGAUGACGCCUGUUAUGCGUGUUCGUAUGACCAGUGAUAAGUGGAUCGAUGUAAGCGUGGAUCUUCGUUACGGUAAAAUCGUGUUUGAGCGUAAUCAUAAAGGAUUUCAUAAUGUCAUAUUGAAGUCCUGUAAUACAGAUAUCACCGAUACGCCUGAUAUUAUUGUUGCUAUGUUGCGUCAGCUAAAAAAUGAGACUUUGAUGGAAGAAGUUAUUGCAUGGGCUAAACAAUUAGGAUUGCCUAUCGACGAAGAGUUGCGUCUACGUAGGGGAGACAUGCAACGUUUCAAUUCAGACGAUACGAGAUUCUUCAAGUUCUUUAGAUUUAUCCCGUAUCCUGACUACUAUCUUGUGGCUGGAACAAUUAAUUGUAAAUUGCAUUACUGGCUGAUUUCUAUAAAGGAAUUUGAGCGAGAACCUUUGGCAUACAUCAUGGAUUACUUAGCAGUUAGACCAAAGUGUACGAUUGCAGACAUAACCCCAUUAAAUUUGGAUAACUGGAGAACAUCGUCUAGCUAUUCGGAUGAUGAUGACGAGGAGACCCACGAGAAUCUUGAAAUAAGACCACGGAAAAAAAGAAAACUAGAUGAAUCGCAAGAGUUAAAAAAUGUUACAGGGGAUAGAUGUGAAGAAAAUCUUAAUUCUUUAGCCAAAGCAGUCGCUCUUUGCCGAGCGCACAUAGCACACUUAAAGCUAGUGCCUCAACUAGCUUCGCAUAAACUAUCGUAUAGCAUACCCACUGACGACGAUAUGCCCAUUAUCAACGAUCGGCGACACACCACUUUCUACCUCACAAACUCUGUCCCAGUGUUGAAACUUAACAAAAAAGAGCUGUUAGCUCGCGUCCCGAAUGCUAAUGACAACUCGUUAAUGAUUUUUGAUGAUAUCUGUAUGCGAACCGUCGGGUGGUUGUUGCAUAACUCUUUGGCCUGUUCGCUUGUUGUGAAAAUACGCAUAAAGCUCGAUAUAUUGCCGAGCGUUAGUAGAAAUCUGCUUUCUGGUCACGCUAAUCUCGACCCAGUCACUUCAGUCUUAUCGUUACGAUAUGAAAAUUUAGAAACAUGCGUCCAAGAUUUUCUUAAAGACUGGGAUGACAUUGUCAUGAUAUCAAUAUUGGCGCUUCAAGUACAUUCGAAUAAUCUUCAUGGAGACGAGGAGAUUCUGUUAAAAUCAUUUGACUUCAAAUCGCUUGUAUUUGUAUAUGCAAAGCAAUAUACGGUAAAAAUUUAUUGGUCGGAUAACUGCUACUCUCUGGAUUUUGGAAUAGUGAAGAAUAGUAAUCAUCAAAGAGGCAAGAAUCCUCAUCAACGCAUAAAAGACCAUUUACAAAAGACGUUCAAUUUCCAAUAUGAUACAAAAGUUCUUUUAACGACCUUGAAUCGCACGGUAAGUAUUCUCUGUGCGUUAGACGAGCUUGAAAAUAAACAGGGACUAGGAACCAAUCUCCGCAUUAUUCCCAAGUCAGAAGCUUUAAUUAGGGUGAUCUGGGUUUCUGGUUUACGAUCACGACCAAAUCGUAGAAGACUUAACAGGCCUGCAUCAGUCAAUAACAUGGGAAUCAACCUCGAGAUUCUCAGCGAUGGUCGAAUAUAUGUGUCAGACGCCACGGAAGCACGGACAACAUGGGAGCAAACUCGUAUGCAGAAACAUGGAAAUUUGUCUCCUGUAUUUGUGAAACUUCAAGAGUUAUUAUUACCAUUGAUUGACGAAUCUACGAAUAGCACUAUUGUUAUGUUCCAUAAUGGAUUUAUUGCGGAUCAUCAUUUGGUCGCAAAGUUUUUGCCAGUGUUGAAUAAUAGGAUUCAGCAACAGCAGCAAUAG